GGCGACUCUUCACAUAAUGGCGGAUGAUGCAGGUCAGCCCCUGCGCGCAUCAGGCGAGCUUCAGAAGCAGCUGCUUGCUCAGGAGAUCGUCAAAUUGCGGAGAGAAGUCGCUUUGCUCCGAGCCUCUUCCGUCCCACCCGAGGCCUCCAAGCAUGACGAAGAGGCGGUCAAAAAGCUGCGAGAAGAGAUCGAGACACUGCAAUCAUUGAAAGAGCAAACUAUCAAGAAUGCAAACGUUCAAAAAGCAGUCUUGAACAAGGAGAUUUUGACUCUGCGAUCAGAAUUGCAGGCAAUCAAGGAAGAAAAUGGAUUUCAUGAUUUGGAUCUUAACGAGAUGAGAGCUAUGGAGGCGCCAGAGACCCAAAAAGAAAUUGCAAAUUCACUUUUUCAACGAAAACUCUUCGAAGAAAACUUUACAAGAGUGAUACGAGAUCUGCGCAAGGAGCUUGAGCAGAACGAUCUAAAGAAGCUUUCACAAACCUACCUUGCGUCCAAUAUUCAGACUACAAUUCAGAUUAGCAAUGAGCGUAUUGAAAAGGUGAUGGAAGAAGCAGCUCAAGUUCCUGUGGAAAGCCGACUGCAUGUUGAAGCACUUCGUAUUCUCAUGGAAAAUGCAAAACUGCGAAAGGUUCUGAAUGAUUAUUCGUCUGGAGUGCUGCGUAAUACCAUGGUGAAGAUGAAGGAGGGGGAAACAUCACAGAGCUUUGGUUCUCUUCUUGGCUUAUGAUGACCUAAACAUUUAUUCAUCUUGUACGAGCAAGAAGUUCUUGGACGAAGUGAGAAUGUGUCCUUUCAUGAUGACCAAACAACUCUAGACUACCUUCACCUUCAGCAGCACCUCCUCCGCUUUCGCUCGAAGCACUCCCCAAAGUUGUUUCAGCUUCAUCUGCGCUUUAGACCAUGGAGUUGGAGGAGAUACUUUCGAUAAGGAUUCCGCAAGUUUCUCAUAAACAACCUGAUUAUUCUGAAGGACUGCCUCAAGGUCCUCAGGUGAUAAGAUAAGCUCGGUCUGCUUCAAGGCAUCUUGAACUACUUUCUUGUCCAGUCUCCCUUGUCCAUCCGUGUCAAUCUUGCGGAAGAAAUCGAGCCACUCAUCCUUCACUCGCACGGAUCUUUCAUUCUCCAUUCUCAUCGCCCAGAGAUCUGCCCACAACUGCACAGUAAUUCUCCUUGCGCGGGAAGGAUCGGUCUUGACCGCAGUGCUGUACAAUUCUGCAGCACCUGCAAAAUCAUCGCGAACCGUGGAAAGAAAACAUGCGUAGCCACAAAGAGCAUCGACGUCUUUUGGAUUGACUGCCAGGACCUGCUUGUAUCUUUCCUCCUGCUCCGUCCUUCCGAGCCUUUCUGAUCGACCAGGAUUCUUAUCCAUAGCCUGACGGAACUUGCUGCUCCAGUUUACUUUCUUGUUUUGUUUCUCAAUCCCGUCGUCAGCUUGCAUUCUCAAAGGCAUGGUUCUUGGGGUAGCAAUAACAUAGCCCAAGGAGCCCCAGGAAGGAGGGCAAGCGCUGCUCGCCGCCAGCAUCAAGUGGAACCU